UAGCAAAGUUGAAUUGAAAAUUGAAACCCUGCAACUCAAAAAUACAAGUAAAGUUUAUAAGAAGUAGCCGCUUUUUUCUCAAAAACUCUAAACUUCCACUAAAAAUCUUCUCCAACAAAUCAACAAUGCUAAGCUUCAAGACAUUGCUGCAAAAUUCCAUUAAAAAGAAGAAGAACAAGAAGCAGCAAAACAAGAACAAAUCAAACAAAAGGCCUAAGAAAAAUGGCUGUAAUUUCCAAAUAAAUGAACAACCCACUAAUUAUUUAGAAGAAGAUGAACAAGAAGAAGAAGAAGGCGGUUAUAGUCUCAGAAUUUCUGCACCUUCAAAUAAUCAUGGAGUUCAACCACUGGGUAAUUUUUUUCUAAGCUCAAGUUCCCAUAACUCCAGAGAUUCUGGCCUAGGUAACUUGAAAAUUCUCACUGAUGAGCUUGUUCUUGAUAUUUUAGGGCUUUUAGAUGGUACUGAUUUAGGGAUUUUAGCAACUGUUAGCAAAUCUUUAUAUAUUUUUUGUACCCAUGAACCCCAUUGGAGGAAUUUGGUGUUGGAAACUCUUAAUGGUGGAUUUUUGUAUAAUGGGUCAUGGAGAAAAACUUAUAUUGCAGCUCAUUUCCCAUCUUUUAACGAUUCAAGUAUUGGGAGUUCAUGUGGUUUGGUAAUUAGGGAUUUUUAUUCUGAUUUUCUAUUUCAAAGUUGGUUAUGUGCUAAUCUUGAGAUGAAACAUGAAUGGCUACAAAGGGAUAACAUACAGAGAAGGAGGGGGAUUUCAGUUGAGGAAUUUAUAGUGAAUUUUGAGGAGCCAAAUAAGCCAGUGUUAUUGGAAGGUUGUUUGGAUACUUGGGUUGCUAAGGAUAAAUGGGAUAAGGAUUAUUUGAUAAAGAUAUGUGGGGAUGUUAAGUUCUCGGUUGGUCCGGUUGACAUGAAGCUUGAGGAUUACUUUAGGUAUUCUGACCUUACUAGGGAGGAGAGACCCUUGUAUUUGUUUGAUCCUAAGUUUGCAGAGAAAGUUCCAAUGCUGGGUAAGGAGUAUGAAGUUCCUACAUACUUUAAGGAGGAUUUGUUUUCAGUUUUGGGUGAAGAGAGGCCUGAUUACAGGUGGAUAAUAAUUGGACCUGCUGGGUCGGGUUCUUCAUUUCACAUUGAUCCUAAUUCAACGUCAGCUUGGAAUGCUGUGAUAAAGGGGUCCAAGAAGUGGAUCUUGUUUCCUCCUGAAAUUGUACCGCCUGGUGUCCAUCCUAGCCCUGAUGGUGCAGAAGUGGCAUGUCCAGUUUCAAUAAUUGAGUGGUUUAUGAACUUUUAUGGAGCCACGAAAGAUUGGAAGAGGAGACCCAUUGAGUGUGUCUGCAAAGCUGGUGAGGUUCUUUUUGUGCCUAAUGGGUGGUGGCAUUUGGUUAUCAACUUAGAAGAAUCUAUUGGUAUCACACAGAACUAUGUUAGCAGGAGGAAUUUGCUGAAUGUAUUGGAGUUCCUCCAGAAGCCAAAUGCCAGUGAACUUGUAUCAGGAACAAGGGACCGCGUCAAUCUGCACAGUAAGUUCAAAGAAGCUAUUGAGGCUGCUUUUCCCGGGGAUAUAGACCAGCUAGUGGCAAAAGCUGAAGAAAAAAAGAAAAUACGUCCGUUUUGGGAAACUGCUGCAGAUUCUAAUGCUGGAGCUUUCAAGUUCUCCUUCCUAGGCUAGACUCCUGUCAAGGUUUUCGGCUGCUGGAUACAUUAUUGCUGGUGGUGAAUCAAUUUAAUAAUAUCUUGCUCUGAUAUUUUCAUUAGAGUUGGGUUAGUUCUCAGCCAUCUAUGUUACUUUGGUUCACUUCUUGUGGUGAUGUUUUUUUCUCUUAUCAUCCAAAAGGAUGAGUUAGGUUUUUUUCUUUGUUGGGAUUAGCCCUUUUAUUUAUUUUUACGUAUCAAAAAAAAAAAGAGUUGGAUUAGUUCAUGGCUUAAUCCAACCAUAUAUAGUUUUCGUUUAUCCAGUAGUCUGUCAA